AAGAUAAUCCUUUAUACGGAUCUAGGGUUCUUGCUUCCCUCCCCUGUUUUUUUCUCUCUCGCCGGAGUAAGAAGAAAUGGAGCUAGGGGACUCGACGACGUCGGUGAUUCCAGACUCGUUCAUGGGAUACAGAGACGACAUAACAAUGCAAAUGUCAAUGGUCUUGGAUCAGAUACGAGCUCCAUUGAUUGUUCCAGUCCUUAGGCUCUGUGUUUACAUCUGUUUAACAAUGUCGGUGAUGCUCUUUGUCGAAAGGGUUUACAUGGGAAUAGUAAUCUCUCUUGUGAAGCUGUUUGGUCGAAAACCAGACAAACGUUUCAAAUAUGAACCAAUGAAAGAUGACAUCGAGCUUGGAAACUCUGUUUAUCCUAUGGUUCUUGUUCAAAUCCCAAUGUUCAACGAACGAGAGGUUUAUCAACUAUCUAUUGGAGCUGCUUGUGGACUCUCUUGGCCUUCUGAUCGAAUCGUCAUUCAAGUUCUUGAUGACUCCACUGAUCCAACGAUCAAAGAUCUAGUGGAGAUGGAGUGUAGCAGAUGGGCAAGUAAAGGAGUAAACAUCAAAUAUGAGAUCAGAGAUAACAGAAAAGGAUACAAAGCAGGAGCUUUGAAAGAAGGAAUGAAGAAGAGUUAUGUCAAAAGCUGCGAUUACGUUGCAAUCUUCGACGCCGAUUUUCAACCUGAACCGGAUUUUCUCUGGAGAACCGUACCGUAUCUCCUCCAUAACCCAAAGCUUGCUCUUGUUCAAGCUCGCUGGAAAUUCGUAAAUUCGGAUGAAUGUUUGAUGACAAGGAUGCAAGAAAUGUCUUUGGAUUAUCAUUUUACUGUCGAACAAGAAGUUGGUUCUUCUACUUACGCUUUCUUCGGAUUCAACGGAACUGCGGGAAUAUGGAGAAUAUCGGCACUAAACGAAGCUGGUGGUUGGAAAGAUCGAACGACCGUGGAAGAUAUGGAUUUGGCCGUGAGAGCUAGUCUCAAGGGUUGGAAAUUCUUGUACCUCGGUUCUUUGAAGGUUAAAAACGAGUUGCCAAGUACAUUCAAGGCUUAUAGGUAUCAACAGCACAGGUGGUCAUGUGGUCCAGCUAAUCUUUUCAGGAAAAUGGCAUUCGAAAUCAUGACCAAUAAGAACGUGACUUUGUGGAAGAAAGUUCAUGUGAUAUAUAGCUUCUUCGUGGUUAGAAAGCUAGUAGCACACAUUGUUACCUUCAUCUUCUACUGUGUGAUCUUACCCGCUACAGUUCUUGUACCGGAAGUUUCUGUUCCGAAAUGGGGAGCGGUUUACAUUCCUUCAGUCAUUACUCUCCUCAACGCCGUUGGGACACCGAGGUCGCUGCAUCUUAUGGUGUUUUGGAUUCUGUUCGAGAAUGUAAUGUCUCUUCACAGAACAAAAGCUACUUUCAUUGGUUUACUCGAAGGUGGAAGAGUUAAUGAGUGGAUUGUUACAGAGAAGCUCGGAGAUCUUAAGGCUAAAUCGGCCUCCAAGACUCCAAAGAAGCUUCUUCGUUUUAGAUUUGGAGAUAGAAUUCAUGUGUUGGAACUCGGUGUAGGAAUGUAUCUGUUAUUUGUGGGAUGUUAUGACGCGUUUUUUGGGAAGAAUCAUUAUUAUCUAUACCUUUUCGCGCAAGCAAUCGCGUUCUUCAUUGCGGGAUUCGGGCAAAUUGGGACAAUUGUUCCUAACCAUUGAAGGGAAAAGGGAGUUUUUGAGCGACGAAAUGCUCGAGAAUAAAAAGAUGAUUUCUUUUUCUUUUCUUUUUUGGAUUCGCUAGCUAUUUAAAUUCUUGUUGGUGUGAAUAGAGAGCAUUGAUGAUACGAUUGUUACAGAAGAUGGUGUGUGUAGUGUGGAAGAUAAGGUUACUUAUAUAGUAAAGAAGAAAUAUACUUUGAAGGGAUUU